UCUCCGGCGAGAUAUGGACGCGUUCCGACCGAGUUUUCGGUGCCCCGGCGGCGACCGGAUUGUGAGUGGGAAAGGAUUUGGUGCAAAUCAGAUGUAUUCAACGACGGGGCCUAGGUCCCCCGAUCUGCAUCCGAUUACGCCUCGUGUGACUAGGCCAAGUCAGGUUGCGGCGUCGUCUGUGUCGAAACCCCGGGGAUUCAAUGAUUCAGAGAUGAAGAGAAAGAGGCGAAUUGCGAAAUACAAGGUUUAUAGUGUUGAAGGAAGGUGUAAGGCUUCGAUCAAGAAUGGGCUUCGUUGGAUUAAGAACAAGUGUUCCCACAUCAUUCAUGGCUGUUAGAUUUUGGGAGGAGAGACGGAGAGGUUUCCCUUCUCUCUAGGAAAAAAAUAUU